GGUAUUCGGGGUUGGUGGUAGUGGCACCUAAGGUGGGUGAUGUGAGAGCUACCCAUCGCUUUGCUUAAAAAUAUUGCAAAACAGUUGGUAUGUAAUAUGUAUGCACUUGCUCGUUCAGCCCAUUAAACGAGGAGGCGGCGAGGUGAGUUGAGUUGGAAAUUUGUAUUCAGGUAGAGAGGAUUUGAGGAUCGGAGGUGGUGGUGUUGAAGAUCAGCCAAAAUGGCCUGGGCUUCGCGAGCUGCGUCUCAUUUAAGAGUGAAGAUGAGCAUAAGCUCCGCCAGAUCUCCCCCAUUUCCAUUUCACGCUCUUCUCGCUCGUGGGUUUGCCUCUGUUGUCAAGGACCUUAAAUAUGCUGAUUCACAUGAGUGGGUCAAAGUUGACGGUCCACUUGCUGUUGUUGGAAUAAGUGAUCAUGCUCAGGAUCAUCUAGGAGAUGUUGUGUUUGUUGAGCUACCCGAUGUGGGGACUAAUGUUUCAAAAGGGGGCACUUUUGGUGCUGUAGAAAGUGUAAAAGCGACCAGUGAUGUAUUCUCGCCUAUUUCAGGAGAAAUAAUCGAAGUCAAUGCAGAACUCAAUAGCUCUCCUGGUUUGGUUAAUGCAAGUCCAUAUGAUGAGGGAUGGAUAGUAAAAUUGCGCAUGAAUGACCCAUCAGAGGUGGACUCUUUAAUGAGUGCAGACCAGUACACAACAUUUUGUGAAAAUGAGGAUUCUAGCCAUUAACAGAGCAACUGCCCUUGUGAUAAGGCUAAUGAUUUUCUUUGAAUAAUCAAAGUUUCAUGGAAACAUUUCCAAAUGCCAAGUUCAAAGUUUUAUCUAUGGAAACCAUUUAGGUGGUAUAUGAAUGUGAGAUUAAGGAUUGUGUUUUGAGGUUAAAACCAUUGCUACAUGCACAUGUAAUGCUUCUGUUCUAAUAUUAUAUUCAAGUAUUGUUUUAAAACAUUGUUUUGAGAGUAAUGCAGAUGAAAAACAGGGUGUACGUGCAUUUUUGAAAUUUGCCUACUUCAAAGUGCAGUUUUAUACAGGAAGCAUGUUGAAGCUCUAAUUAAUGCAGCAUUGGAUUUCUUGAUAAA